GUCGAUCACGUCAUUCAUCUCUCAAAAAGAAAAAAUAACCUACUCCUUGCUCCCACAUUUCCUGGCGGACACGGCAGCAUGAGCUUCCUCUCCGGUGACUCGUUCCUCAUGACUCCAGCUCUCUUUUGUCGCCAGCAGUGGAUCUUCUCCUUUACCGGGGCGCUCUACCCUCAUCCAGUUGGUGAGAAUCGUCAUCGCCAUCAACAGAUUUUUGCAGUGAAGCCAAUUCUGCCGAUCUGUACUCUGGAUCCUUAUGCUUUUGCCUUUGUCGACAUUGUGGAUCCUAUCACCCUCAUCGACAGCCUAGGCUGGCUUCCCAUGGGUGAUUCCCCUCCUCGCGGCUACUGCCCAGCUGCCGUUCGUGCCUUCUAUUCCAAUCUUCGGACCGAUGGGAUCACAUCGGGCAAAUUCUCCACCCUGGUAUAUGGUCACUUGCUUACUCUUUCGGUUGAUGACCUUGCUGCAUUUCUUAUUCUGCCUACUAGAGGCAAGCAGCUCAUUAGUCCUUUGGAGUUUUGGUCAUACAAGUUUGACUUGCAUCGGGAGGUCACAAAUCGCUCCUUUGACUCACUGGAUGAGUCACUCAAGCUUCUCCACUACUACAUCACCCGAGUGUACUUUCCGCGGGCUGACCGCUUGGAUGUUGUUUUGCCUCUUGAUUGUUGGGUCAUGUCUCACGCCAUUUCUGAUAUGCCGUUGAGCUAUCCUCACCAGUUAUUUGGGGCAAUCGUGGAUGCUGAUGCCAAUGACUCUCCCAGUGUUGGUCUUCCAUUUGCUGCGAUGAUUGCGUUGCUGCUGCAUCGUCUUGGUGUUCCUCUGGCUGACUUUGUGACCAUUUCUGAUGAUGGUGUUCAUCCCUCCAUUGACGAAGUGUUGGCUGUGGUGGGGCUUCCUCCCAUUGUUGAUUUAUCAUCAGGAGGAGAUGAUCAUGGUUGUGUGGCCACGGACGCAGAAAGAGGCGAAGAGGCCAAAGACGAGGCGUCCGCGGAUGGUGGUGCAUCUGCUUCGACUUCUGUCCGUCCCUUCAAGCUCAAGCGACAGGCGAAAGGACCUCGCCCUUCUAACAGAGUUCUCAAGCGUCUCAAUAAUCAAAAACCUUCUCAAGGAGUGGUUCUCUAUGAGAAUCAUGAUCUUGAGCAAAACAAUUAAUUGCCUUAAUUUAGGGGGAGCUUGGGUUUCAAGUUGUUAGUUGUUGCUGUUGCUAUUUUAAAUGGCUUAUUUGAAUUGUUGCUUUUAAGGUCUAGAUUGAGUCAGGGGGAGUAUCAAAUCAUGUCUCUUAUUUGCACUGUUGAGUGUUUUGAUUGAAUAAUGCCCUGAGCUAUACUCAGGAAGAAUGAAGUAAUUUGUUUUCUUAAUAAUCUGUGGCGUAGGAUGAAUGAGAGAUAUAAUGACUGCCAUUCUUUAAUCUUGAGCUUAAUGAUGAAUGAAGCAUAUGCAGUAAC